UUUAUUUUCUUCUAUAUAUAUAUAUUUAUAUUAUACAUACUUAUAAUUAAUGUCGAACGCCGGGAAAUCCACACAGGAAAUGGGGUUUGAUUCUUCACUGACGAACCGAUUCCGUGACUCACUGAGUUGCGACAACAAGCCGGACUUCAAAGAGCUCGAUCUGAACUCGCCCGUCUCGCCGUUAAUGGCGGCUCGGCCGUCAGUUAACUGUAACGGAGCGACCACCACUUCCAGUAGCAGUUCGAGUUCUUCCGGUUCGGUGUCCGGCAAGCCCAGCAGCAAAAAACACCACCAUUCCGGCGAGCUCUCGGCCUCGUCGGAGACGAGCCCUAGCCGAUCCGCUCCGGCGGUUCGGAAUAUCAAACCCGGUCACCGGAGAUCGGUCUCCGCCGGGCCGCCAUUGAUCUACGCCGGCGGAAGCUUCAGCAAUGGCGGCGGGGGCGGGGGCAGGUCAGGCGGAGCUAGUUCCGGCAACAGCGCGACUUCUUCUUCUUCUUCUUCUUUGUCGUCGUCGGCUUCUUCUUCUGCGGCGAAUCUGUUCCCCAGCGGGAACAUCUGUCCGUCGGGGAAGAUUCUGAAGGCCGGAAUGGGGAGCAGAGCGGCGAGCAAGACGGACGUGUUGGGUUCCGGGACGGGGAAUUACGGCCACGGGAACAUCAUGCGCGGCGGCGGAGUGAGAGAGGGGAAUUCGGGUGGGAAAUCGGCGAGUUCGGAUCCGGAGGAGGUGAAGAAGGCCGGCAACGAGUGUUACAGGAGGGGGAAUUUCGCGGAGGCGUUGGCGAUGUACGAUCGGGCGAUAUCGCUCUCGCCGGAGAAUGCGGCCUACCGUAGCAAUCGUGCGGCGGCGCUGACGGCCUUGGGGAGGCUGGGGGAGGCCGUGAGGGAGUGUGAGGAGGCGGUCAGGUUGGAGCCUUCUUAUGGUAGGGCCCACCAGAGGCUGGCUUCUUUGUAUCUCCGCUUUGGGCAGGUUGAGAAUGCCCGGUGCCACCUAUGUUUUCCUGGGCAACAGCCAGAUCAAUCAGAGGUGCAGAAGUUGAAGUCACUGGAGAAGCAUUUGAAACAAUGUGCUGAUGCCCGAAAGCUUGGAGAUUGGAAAGGCGUGCUAAGGGAAUCCGACGUGGCCUUGGCGACCGGGGCGGAGUCCUCUCCGCAGCUUUUCGCUUGCAAAGCCGAGGCCCUUUUGAAGCUCCAUCAACUUGAAGAUGCAGAAUUAUGUCUGUCAAACAUUCACAAGCUCGAGGAUUACCCUUCUUCCUGCUUACAGACGAAGUUCCUUGGCAUGGUUGUUGAGGCUUAUGUGCUCUUUGUUCGAGCCCAAGUUGAUAUGGCAUUAGGAAGGUUUGAGAAUGCUGUGGCAGCAGCAGAGAAGGCAGGCCUAAUUGAUUACAGUAAUCUUGAAGUUGCAAGGACGUUAAACAAUGUGAAAAUGGUGGCCAGGGCUCGUUCUCGUGGUAAUGAUCUUUUUAGCUCCGGGAGAUUUGCGGAAGCCUGCUCGGCUUAUGGCGAGGGCCUUGAACAUGAUAGUUCCAACUCUGUCCUAUAUUGCAAUAGAGCAGUGUGCUGGUCUAAGCUUGGGGUCUGGGAAAAGUCCGUCGAGGACUGCAACCGUGCGCUCAAGAUUCAGCCAAACUACAUCAAGGCCCUUCUUCUCAGGGCCGUCUCAAAUGCAAGGCUCGAUAGGUGGGCGGAAGCUGUGAGAGAUUACGAGGUCUUGAGGAGGGAACGUCCCGGGGACAGUGAAGUUGCCGAGUCUCUACACCGAGCUCAAGUUGCAUUGAAGAAGUCAUGUGGAGAGGGUGUUCACAACAAGAAGUUUGAUGGUGAAGUAGAGGAAGUUUCUAGUCUAGAUAAGUUCAAAGCUGCCAUAUUAUCACCUUGCGUUUCGGUUGUUCAUUUCAAAGCUGCUUCUAAUGAACUAUGCGAAGAGAUAUCACCUUUCAUAAACAUGCUGUGUGUUAGAUACCCUUCUGUUAAAUUCUUCAAGGUGGAUGUGGAGGAGAGCGUAGCUGUGGCAAAAGCCGAAAGCAUAAGAACAGUGCCGACCUUUAAGAUCUACAAGAAUGGUGAUAAAUUGAAGGAGAUGAUCCGUCCAAACCAUCAGUUUUUGGAGGAGUCAGUGAGAAACUGUACUCUUUAGAAGACAAUGUCAAAAUCCAUUUUAAGUCCUCUUUAAAUAUGUGCAAUUGGUCAUUUUUAUACUAGGAUUACUAGUUUUUACUUUUUACCUGUGACAUAACCAGGUAUAUAAAUUGUUUCAUAGAGUUUUCAACGCACAGAAUCCCCUUAGAGAGAAAAAAAUCAAAAAAAAAAA